AUGCAAGCACGCCGCAAGCCCCACAAGGUUAAGCAGGCCUGUGACGCCUGCCACGCGCGCAAGGUCCGCUGCGACGGGACCCGUCCCUGCGCCGGCUGCGACGCCCUCUCGCUCGCCUGCACCUACCUCGCCGUCCCCAAGAAGACGGGGCCCAAGGGCGGCCGCCGUGUCGCGCGCGCGCAGGCGGUAUUGCGGUCGGCGACGGAGCGACGCCCGUACGCGGUGCCGCUCGGUAGUGGCGCCGUUGCCGCCGCCGUCGCCGCCGCCGACGAUGACGGCGCAGAGGUUUCGAGGCUGAUGAGCCGCGGCCCUGGUGCUACACCGACGACGACGAGGACUACGACGAUUUCGCCUCCGAGGUCGAAUCGUCACGCGUCGACGUUUCAACCUUCGACAGAGGUAUCGCGAGGCGUCAUGAAGAGGUGCAUGAAUGCCUUCUUCACGCACAAAUACCCCAUCACGCCGAUCCUGGAUCGAAAACUCAUCGACGAGGCGCUGGCUCGGCCGGCUCUGGCAGCCGACGAGUACGCUCUCAUCAUGGCCUGCUGCGCCGUCAUUGUCCUGUCACCCGAGAUCAUCGUGCAAGGCGUGGCCGAGUCUCCUUGGUCGUCGCCAUCGCCACCACCAUCGUCGUCUACUUCAUCCGCGUCGUCGUCCUCGACAGCGUCGCCGCCACCGCCGCCGCCAAUCUCAUCUAGUUCUGUCUAUGGCAUGCCAGCGGCUCUCCCCAGCGCAGACCACUUCCUCGCCGAAGUAUCUCGAGCUCGUCUAUCCUGCAGCCACGUCUCGAACCCUUCCCUCAUAGACGUCCAGACGUCCUUCUUCCUCUUCGCAGCCCAUUUCUGCAUGGGAAGAGGCAACCCUGCGUGGUUUCACCUCCGGGAAGCCAUGACGAUUCUGCAGGUUCUCCGGCUCCAUGAGGAGUCCACGUACGAGACCAUGACGGACCCGUCGCUGGCCGUGUUUUCGAGGAGGGUAUUCUGGGUGCUCUUCGUCACGGAGCGAGCGUAUGCGCUGCAGCGCCACCGACCACUGACUCUCCACACGACCAUCGCAUUGCCCGCCCUCGACGACGACGGCCCGGACUGUCAAAUCCUGCCGGGCCUUCUCGACCUCAUCGCCUUGUUCCAGAACUUCGAUAGCGACUUCGUCUCCGUGUGGAAUCUUUCCGGGACUGUCGCGGCCGCAUCGUCCUCGUAUCUCGCGCGCCUACAGCGUGUUCUCGCCUUUGCCCUGCCGCGCGUGGCCGACCGCGUGUCCAUGCAGCAGGCCGACCUCCUCAUCUCGCAGCAGUGGCUCAAGGUCAUUGUCUGGCAGCUCUGUGUCACCAAGACUCUCCUUUCCAACUCGUCCCCCGAAGACAGCAUGUCGCUGCGCUAUCCCGUCAUCAUCGCGCGCGAUGUCGUGGGCAUCGCCCACAGCCUUCCCUCGCAGGCCCUCGAGGCCAACGGCGUUGGCAUCUUGGAAAAGGUGUUUGACGUUGCCUGCUCCCUUGCCGAUGUCAUCGCACUCCAGCCGGCUCUCGUCACCGCGGGCGGCGGCAUGGAGGUCAGUCCAGGGGAGCACCUCAUGGAGCUGGUCCGGAUUGUCGGCACGGUGCUAGGUGGCAGCUCGAGGCAUCUGCGGCUACUGAAUGACAAGGUGAGGGAUUGCCUCACACCAGGAGUCCCAAGUGAUGGGCGGCUACUAGCAUCGCACGAUGCGGAGUCGGAAAACACCGACUACGGACAUGGCUUCUCGACCCGACGCUGCGUCACCGAGACAUGA